ACCGAGGAAAGUGAUUUAUGGACAUUGAGUUGACAAGCAGCCGCCGGCAGGGUCAGUGUGGGUUGCUCGUCAGGCACUUUUUGUUCCUUUGCAGUUAAAACCAACCAAAAGAAGAAGAAUUUACAAGCCAUGGCGCCUACAAUAUAUGAGAGUUCAACAAGAAAAGGUAGUGGCCCUAGCAGAGCUUCCCUAGAGGCUGAGCUCAGGGAGCUGUUAGGCAAGAGGAUCAUGAUACUAGAUGGAGGGAUGGGAACGUAUUAAACAUGUCAUAACCAUAUUAACAUGUGAACUGCAUACCUCAGGUAGUGGCCCUAGCAGAGCUUCCCUAGAGGCUGAGCUCAGGGAGCUGUUAGGCAAGAGGAUCAUGAUACUAGAUGGAGGGAUGGGCACCAUGAUCCAGGAGAGGCGAUUGGAGGAGGAACACUUCAGGGGGGAGGAGUUUAAAGACCACACCCACAGCCUGAAGGGCAACAACGACCUGCUGAGCAUCACCCAGAGUGAUGUCAUCUACAAUAUACACAAGGAAUACCUGCUUGCCGGGGCCGACAUCAUUGAGACCAACACGUUCAGUAGCACCUGUAUUGCCCAAGCCGACUACGGACUGGAACAUUUGGCUUAUCGUAUGAACAAAGUGUCAGCAGAGAUCGCCAGGAAAGCAGCAGAUGACGUCACCAACCAGACAGGUUGUAAGAGAUACGUGGCGGGCGCCAUGGGCCCCACCAAUAAAACCCUGUCUGUGUCUCCCUCGGUGGAAAGACCAGACUUCAGGAACGUCACCUUUGAUGAGCUGGCUGAGGCCUACGCUGAGCAGGUCCGGGGUCUGUUGGAUGGAGGAGCGGAUAUUAUCAUGGUGGAGACCAUCUUUGACACGGCCAACGCCAAGGCAGCACUGUUUGCUAUCGACAAACUGUUUGAAGAGAGCUACGAACCAAGACCUAUAUUUAUAUCAGGCACCAUCGUGGACAGGAGUGGUCGUACUCUCUCGGGACAGACAGGAGAGGCCUUCGUCAUCAGUGUGUCCCAUGCCAAACCCCUCUGUAUUGGUCUUAACUGUGCCUUAGGAGCCACUGAGAUGAGGCCUUUUAUUGAAGCUAUUGGGAAAUGCACCACCGCUCACGUCUUAUGCUACCCCAAUGCAGGUCUGCCCAAUACGUUCGGUGGAUACGAUGAGACCCCGGAAUUGACAGCCUCACAUUUAAAGGACUUUGCUACAGAUGGUCUGGUGAAUCUGGUUGGUGGAUGCUGCGGAACGACUCCUGCACACAUCAGGGCCAUUGCUGAGAAAGUGAAGCACUGUCAGCCCAGAGUGCCCCCUACUGACGUCUUCCAGGACUACAUGCUACUCGCAGGUCUGGAGCCUUUCCGGAUCGGUCCGUACACUAACUUCGUCAACAUCGGCGAGCGUUGCAACGUGGCUGGAUCGAGGAAGUUCGCCAAGUUGAUCAUGUCGGGAAACUACGAGGAGGCGUUGAGCAUAGCCAAGACCCAGGUGGAGAUGGGAGCCCAGGUGUUGGACAUCAACAUGGAUGAGGGGAUGCUGGAGGGUCCUGCCGCCAUGGCCCGGUUCUGCUGUCUCAUAGCCUCCGAGCCUGACAUCGCCAGGGUACCUCUAUGUAUAGACUCGUCGAACUUCGAGGUGAUCAAGGCGGGACUGAAGUGUUGUCAGGGGAAGUGUAUCGUGAACAGCAUCAGUCUGAAGGAAGGAGAGGAGGAGUUUCUCCAGAGAGCCACGACGGUCAGACGCUACGGGGCUGCCGUGGUUGUUAUGGCGUUCGACGAGGAGGGUCAGGCUACUGAGACGGAGCGCAAGGUCGAGAUCUGUAGCAGAGCCUAUCGUCUCCUGGUAACUCAAGUGGGCUUUGACCCCAACGACAUCAUCUUUGACCCCAACAUCCUGACCAUCGGCACGGGCAUGGAGGAACACGGCGAGUACGCCAUCAACUUCAUCCGAGCCACCAGGCUCAUCAAGGAGUUGCUGCCUGGGGCCAGGAUCAGUGGAGGCCUGUCCAACCUGUCCUUCUCCUUCAGAGGCAUGGAGGUCAUCAGAGAGGCCAUGCAUGGCGCCUUCCUCUAUCACGCCAUCAAGGACGGUAUGGACAUGGGCAUAGUGAACGCUGGCAGCCUGCCUGUCUAUGAUGAUAUUGACAAGGAGCUCCUGCUCAUGUGCGAGAACCUCAUCUGGAACAAAGACCCGGAGGCCACAGAGAAACUACUGCUGUACGCACAGAGCUGUGCCAAAGGAGGGAAGAAGGUGAUCCAGACGGAUGAGUGGCGAGAGGGAACUGUGGAGGAGAGGCUGGAGUAUGGGCUCAUCAAGGGGAUAGAUAAGUAUGUGGUAGAGGAUACAGAGGAGGCCAGGUCCCAGGCUGAGCUCUAUCCGAGGCCCCUACACGUCAUCGAGGGGCCCCUGAUGAACGGCAUGAAGGUGGUGGGGGACCUGUUUGGAGCUGGGAAGAUGUUCCUACCUCAGGUGAUAAAAUCAGCCCGUGUGAUGAAGAAGGCUGUAGCCCACCUGAUCCCCUUCAUGGAGAAGGAGAGAGAGGCCAUGCUACUGGCAUCAGGAUCAGUGGAGGAGAUUGACCCCUACCAGGGGACCAUAGUGCUGGCCACAGUGAAGGGAGACGUCCACGACAUCGGAAAGAACAUUGUAGGAGUGGUGCUGGGCUGCAACAACUUCAGAGUGAUCGAUCUGGGGGUCAUGAUACCAUGCGACAGGAUACUGAGAGAAGCCAUCGACUGCAAAGCAGACAUCAUCGGUCUGUCUGGCCUCAUCACGCCCUCGCUGGAUGAGAUGAUCUACGUUGCCAAGGAGAUGGAGAGGCUUGGGAUGAAGACCCCACUGCUGAUCGGAGGGGCCACCACCUCCAAGACCCACACGGCAGUGAAGAUCGCUCCCCGUUACAGCUGUCCUGUGGUGCAUGUUCUGGAUGCUUCCAGGAGUGUGGUGGUGUGUUCUCAGCUGUUAGAUGAGAAUGUGAAGGAGGAGUUCUUUGAGGAGACGACAGAGGAGUACGAAGACAUCAGACAGGACCACUACGACUCUCUAAAGGAGAGACGCUUCCUGUCUCUAGCCCAGGCCAGGGAGAAAGGACUCCACGUGGACUGGCUUUCGCAGACCAAACCAGUGUGUCCUCAGUUCCUGGGUACCCGUGUGUUUGAGGGGUAUGAUCUGCGGAGGCUGGUAGACUAUAUCGACUGGAAGCCUUUCUUUGACGUGUGGCAGCUGAGAGGGAAGUACCCUAACAGAGGGUACCCCAAGAUCUUCAAGGACAAAACCGUGGGGGAGGAGGCUCGGAGGGUGUUUGACGACGCCCAGCGGCUCCUCAACAGACUGAUAGAUAAUAAGGGUCUCUGUGGGCGUGGCCUGGUGGGCUUCUGGCCCGCGCAGAGUGUAGGAGACGACAUCCAGGUGUACGACCAUGACGUCACACCUCGCUCCGCCACGCCCCUCGCCACCUUCUACGGACUACGCCAACAGGCAGAGAAGGACAGUGCCAGCUCAGACCCCUACUACUGCCUGUCUGACUUCGUGGCCCCGAGGGCCAGCGGUGUGUCUGACUACAUGGGGAUGUUUGCUGUAGCUGUGUUCGGAGCGGAGGAGCUGAGCAAACAGUUUGAGACCCAGGGAGACGACUACAACAGUAUCAUGGUCAAGGCUUUGGCUGACCGCCUGGCUGAGGCGUUUGCUGAGGAGCUCCACGCCAGGGUGCGUCGGGAGCUGUGGGCCUAUAGCGUGGAGGAGAACCUCCCGGCUGAGGAGAUGCACAGGAUCCGUUACGAGGGCAUCAGGCCGGCCGCAGGAUACCCCUCCCAGCCUGACCACACAGAGAAGACCGCCAUGUGGACGCUGGGCGAGGUGGAGGACAAGACGGGUAUCAAGUUGACUGAGUCUUUGGCCAUGACCCCAGCAGCUGCUGUCUCUGGGCUGUACUUCUCGAACCCUAAAGCGACCUACUUCGCAGUGGGAAAGAUCACCAGAGAGCAGGUGGAGGACUAUGCUGGGAGGAAAGAGAUGCCAGUGUCAGAGGUGGAACGCUGGCUGGGGCCAAUCCUGGGCUACGACACUGACUGACAGUGAUACUUCAACCAAUCCUGGGCUACGACACUGACUGACAGUGAUACUUCAACCAAUCCUGGGCUACGACACUGACUGACAGUGAUACUUCAACCAAUCCUGAGCUACGACACUGACUGACAGUGAUACUUCAACCAAUCCUGGGCUACGACACUGACUGACAGUGAUACUUCAACCAAUCCUGGGCUACGACACUGACUGACAGUGAUACUUCAACCAAUCCUGAGCUACGACACUUCUGCAUCCACAACCACUACCUAGAAAACAGAGGCGCUGCUCAAUGGUCAUGUCUAGAUGGGAUACAGCUUUUGUCAACUUCUAACCCUUUUCCCAACCUUAACCCAAUUAUCCUAACCUGCUACGUUAAUUCUCCCAAACCUGCUACGUUAAUUCUCCCAAACCUGCUACGUUAAUUCUCCCUAACCUGCUACGUUAAUUCUCCCUAACCUGCUACGUUAAUUCUCCCUAACCUGCUACGUUAAUUCUCCCUAACCUGCUACGUUAAUUCUCCCAAACCUGCUACGUUAAUUCUCCCAAACCUGCUACGUUAAUUCUCCCAAACCUGCUAUGUUAAUUCUCCCUAACCUGCUACGUUAAUUCUCCCUAACCUGCUACGUUAAUUCUCCCAAACCUGCUACGUUAAUUCUCCUAAACCUGCUACGGUUAAUUCUCCCAAACCUGCUACGUUAAUUCUCCCAAACCUGCUACGUUAAUUCUCCCAAACCUGCUACGUUAAUUCUCCCAAACCUGCUACGUUAAUUCUCCCUAACCUGCUACGUUAAUUCUCCUAACCUUCUACGUUAAUUCUCCCUAACCUUCUACGUUAAUUCUCCCUAACCUGCUACGUUAAUUCUCCUAACCUUCUACGUUAAUUCUCCCUAACCUUCUACGUUAAUUCUCCCUAACCUGCUACGUUAAUUCUCCUAACCUUCUACGUUAAUUCUCCCUAACCUUCUACGUUAAUUCUCCCAAACCUUCUACGUUAAUUCCCCUAACCUUCUACGUUAAUUCUCCCUAACCUUCUACGUUAAUUCUCCCUAACCUUCUACGUUAAUUCUCCCUAACCUGCUACGUUAAUUCUCCCUAACCUGCUACGUUAAUUCUCCCUAACCUGCUACGUUAAUUCUCCCUAACCUGCUACGUUAAUUCUCCCUAACCUGCUACGUUCAUUCUCCCUAACCUUCUACGUUCAUUCUCCCAAACCUGCUACGUUAAUUCUCCCUAACCUGCUACGUUAAUUCUCCCUAACCUGCUACGUUAAUUCCCCUAACCUGCUACGUUAAUUCUCCCAAACCUGCUACGUUAAUUCUCCCAAACCUGCUACGUUAAUUCUCCCAAACCUGCUACGUUAAUUCUCCUAAACCUUCUACGUUAAUUCUCCCAAACCUUCUACGUUAAUUCUCCCAAACCUGCUACGUUAAUUCUCCCAAACCUGCUACGUUAAUUCUCCCAAACCUGCUACGUUAAUUCUCCCAAACCUGCUACGUUAAUUCUCCCAAACCUGCUACGUUAAUUCUCCCAAACCUGCUACGUUAAUUCUCCCAAACCUUCUACGUUAAUUCUCCCAAACCUGCUACGUUAAUUCUCCCAAACCUGCUACGUUAAUUCUCCCAAACCUGCUACGUUAAUUCUCCCAAACCUGCUACGUUAAUUCUCCCAAACCUGCUACGUUAAUUCUCCCAAACCUUCUACGUUAAUUCUCCUAACCUGCUAAGAAAAGUAAAUUCUGAAAAAAGCUGCAUCCCUUCUAGACCCUGCUUAAAGGGCCAGAUUUUAUUUUUUAAACGUACACUUCACGUGAACCAAGGCUCAACUUGAAAAAAAAAGUUAAUGGAGCUGUUUUUGUAUGGUCUAACAUUUUACAGUUUUAAUAUAACAGCUGUUGCCAAUGUCAUUUAUACUUUUUUUCUGGCAAUCACAAUCUUAGAUUUUAAUCAUUAACAGAUACAUAUGGUUAAAUUUCAGAGUUUGAUUUGUUCAUUAGGGGACAUAUUAGGUUCUAGAAGACGUACAUUUCCUCAGCAGUUUUCAUUUGAGAUUGUAUUUAUGCUAAUUAGAUACAACUUGUUUUACAAAAUGUAUAAUUAGUAAACAUGGUCUUCAUUACAAAAUGUACACUUACCUGACAUGCCGUAUUAAUGUCUAAACCUCUAAAAAAGGUACAUGUUUUUAUGAAUGAUUAUUGUAAAUUACGGAUUUUAAUGAUUACACAAUUUGUCUUAAAGAAAUGUGCCAAAAACUAGUGACUGACCAGUUAUCAUUGUCAUGUGCAAUGUUAUCGAUUUUAUCCUGGAGGUGUCCACUAUUUCUGAAAAAUAAGUAUAGAUUUUAUUUUAUUUUAUGAAUGUUCUGACAUUACAAUGUUUGAUCUGGAACCAUAUUCAUUUCGUAUAAAAUCAUUUGCUCAGUA